ACAUUCUUCGCUCCGCAACGACAAACCCCACAAUCCUCUGGGGUUGCAUCGAUAUGUUUGAAAUUUCGAUAUUAUUUGGAAGUGUAUUAUUACUAACGAAUAAACGGGGAAGAGAGGGGCAUUUCCGAUAUCUAUUCAUCUGCAUAGGACGUCACACGUUCAUUUCCGAGAUCCGUGUUGUGCUGCUGCGAUUGGGGUUUGCAGCCAGCUAAGUAACAAAAUAAGGCGGUCCCGUACUCAUACGUCAAGUGAUACGUCCCCUGUCGUUGCUAAGUCCGUCAACACUGCGAUCAAGGAAAUUGAGCAUGCUCAGUUGUUUGUAUAAGUAAUUGUUCAUGAUUCGGAAUGAGCACUUCAACCAUUCUAAUCAUUAGUCGAGAUGAAACUUUCAAUCAUAUCUAGUUCACUAGCUAGCAUUGCGCUAUCAUUACUCCCCAGCAUCAACGCUCAAAGCUCCCUUCCAGCUCUAAAACAAAGCAAUACCUGCACAGAAACAUGCCAAGAACUCGUACCACUCGGCAUCGAGUUCGAGCAUGAUUCUCAUGCACAUACCCCACGGGACGACUUUUACAGCAUUCCGACCAACUUCACAUCCUCCAUGAAACCAGGCAUCCUUCUCCGCGUGGAGACUCACACCAAUCUCGCCAACUACACUGUUCCAUCCAGUUUAACGAUGUCUCGCAUUAUGUACACAUCCAAGAGCCUCAACGGAACCGUGGUACCCGUUUCUGCUUUUGUCCUCUGGCCAUAUGCUCCUUUCGAAUACACUAAGAACAGCAAAGCGAGCAAUCCAACCAAAUUCCCUUUGGUGGCAUGGGCCCACGGCACUUCUGGCCAAUUCGUGGAUUGUGCUCCGAGCAAUUACCGAUCUCUGCAGUAUCAUUUCAUGACUUCCUAUUCCAUCGCAAUGGAGGGGUUCGCUGUCGUUGCAACGGAUUAUGCCGGGCUUGGGGUCACGACUUUACCGAACGGAGAACAAUCACACGCCUGGCUUGCAGGUCCUGCUGGAGCUAAUGACGUCGCAUAUGCUAUUGAAGCGGUUAGAAAGGCUUUCCCAGCUCAGUUGGAGACAGAUGGUUCAUUCGUAACCAUGGGCCAUUCUCAGGGUGGUAAUGUCGCCUGGGCGUUUGCAGAGCGUCAAGCAAAAUCACCCGUGCCCGGAUAUCUUGGUACCAUUUCCAUAUCCCCGCCGACCAGAAUCGUUGAGUUGGUGAAUUCAGCCUUGAAUUUGCUAGCGACUACAUCAAUCACUUCCCUUCCAGUUUGGCCUCCGGUCGUGGCUACUCUUCAGCCCAAUAUCAUCGCAUCAAUCACAGCUGUCUACCCAGCCUACAACUUCUCAGGCAUGACUCCUCUGUCAUACGACCGUUGGAAUAAGGUGCUUAAGCCGCUCCAAGGCUGUACACCAACAAGUGGUAGAGCAUUCGCCGACGUUCCUCUUGCUCAGCUUGCUCACCCAGGAUGGACCAACAACACCUACGUCCAACAAUGGCAAGACGCUGUCGCCGUAUCUGGGAAGAAAUUCCAAGGUCCCCUCCUCAUAAUUGCUGGAGACGAAGACGUGAUUCCCAUCACAGACGGUGGGGUUCUCCAAGAGAGUGUCAGUGCGAGCUGCAAAGCAAGUCAUGACCAGAGUUUGGAGGUGGUCACGUAUGCUGCUAUGCAGCAUUUCCCUGUCAUCCAGGCUAGUCGUAUAAAGUGGAUGAAUUGGAUCAAGGCAAGGUUCAACGAGAAUACCAAUUCUAACAAGAAGGUAACAGUGUGUGGAAAGCAAAGUGAGGUCCAAGGCUUCAACUCAAACUAUACUGUGCAGGGUACGACACCGAACUGGCUAGUAGAUUGGGUCACCCCUCUCGAGGGCUGGAAACUAGCGCUGUAG